AUGAGCAGCACCGGCGUCUCCCUCCGGGACUUGCCCAAGUCAUGGCGCUUCACAGAGGCCCUGCCGCCAGACGCCACUUUCCCUACACCCGCAGAUUCACACAAAACCCCGAGGGACCAAAUCCGACCUCGGACCGUGCAAAAGGCGCUCUACACCUGGGUUCGCCCGGAGGAGCAAAAGGAUCCCGAGCUACUUUGUGUGAGCCCUGCUGCAUUGAAGGAUAUCGGUAUACACCCCGAGGAGGCCAAGACGGAGGAGUUUCGCCAGCUUGUGGCUGGUAACAGACUCUUGGGCUGGGACGAGGAGAAACUGGAGGGGGGCUACCCUUGGGCCCAGUGCUAUGGUGGUUUCCAGUUCGGUUCAUGGGCCGGUCAAUUGGGCGAUGGACGCGCGAUCUCCUUGUUUGAAGCGACAAACCCAGAGACGAAGGAGCGGUAUGAGCUACAGCUCAAAGGCGCAGGCAUGACGCCAUACUCUCGCUUCGCCGAUGGCAAGGCUGUGCUGCGGUCCAGUAUCCGAGAGUUCGUGGUCUCAGAGAGUUUGAAUGCCUUGGGAAUCCCGACAACCCGUGCGCUGUCCUUGUCAUUGCUGCCGCAUUCUCAAGUGCUACGCGAGAGGAUGGAGCCUGGAGCUAUCGUGCUCCGCUUUGCGCAGUCGUGGUUGCGCCUUGGAACCUUCGAUAUCCUACGAGCGCGUGGCAACAGGGACCUCAUCCGCCAACUGUCGACGUAUAUCGCAGAGGAUGUGCUCGGUGGAUGGGAUACGCUGCCAGCUCGUCUAGACAACCCAUCAGAGCCGGUGGACGCGUCUACACCAACGAGAGGCGUAGAAGCUUCAGAGAUCCAAGGGCCCGAUGACGCUGCAGAGAACAGGUUCACACGACUUUACAGGGAAGUCGCCCGGCGCAAUGCAGUCACUGUGGCGCACUGGCAAGCGUACGGCUUCAUGAACGGAGUCUUGAAUACAGACAAUACGUCAAUUUUCGGCCUUUCAAUGGAUUACGGUCCUUUCGCGUUCAUGGAUAAUUUCGACCCAGCAUAUACACCAAAUCACGAUGAUCACAUGCUUCGAUAUAGCUACAAGAACCAGCCCACCAUUAUCUGGUGGAAUUUGGUCAGGCUUGGUGAGGCACUCGGCGAGACGCUGGGUAUCGGGGCUCAAGUCGACGACCCGACCUUCGUUGAAAAGGGUAUCGAGGAGAGCCAGGAAAAAGCAGUCAUUGCGAGAGCCGAGAAGAUCAUCACCCAGGUAGGAGAAGAAUUCAAGUCUGUCUUCCUGGCCGAGUACAAGAAGCUUAUGACACGACGUCUCGGCCUUCUGAGCUUCAAAACUUCCGACUUUGAGGAGCUUUUCAGCGAGGCUCUGGACACAAUGGAAAGCCUCGAACUUGACUUUACGCACUUCUUCCGCCGACUCAGUGCCCUCCGACUGGAGCAGAUUGCAACGCCAGAGGCACGGAAGGAAAUUGCUUCCGUGUUCUUCCACCAAGAAGGACCACCCAAGUUGGUUACGGAAGACGAGGCACGGGGUCAGAUUGCGAAAUGGCUACAAGCAUGGAGGUCACGCAUUGUCGAAGACUGGGGUGAGGGCAGCGACACCGUGUCCGCAGCCAUGGACGAAGAGCGCCGCGCAGCCAUGAAGCGUGUCAACCCCAACUUCAUCCCGCGAGGAUGGAUCCUGGACGAGGUCAUCCGCAGGGUGGAGAAGGACGGCGACCGUGAGGUCUUGGAUCAACUGAUGCACAUGGCUCUGAACCCGUUCCAAGAUCGUUGGUCCGGGGAAGUACACAAUGAGGCUGAGUACCAAGGGAACGAAGAGCAAGAGCAGAGAUGGACAGGCGACGUGCCCCGCUUCGAGCGCGCCAUGCAAUGCAGCUGCAGUUCAUAG